AUGGCGGUAGAAUUCAUUUUGAAGACCGAGCAACACUGUCACGACGCGAAAGCAAACUUCGAUGAACAAUUUAUCACAAACGCUACAAUGAAUCUAAUCAAAAUGUGCUUAAUGUAUAUAAGUUGUCAUUCAAAAGUUAUUUUUUUAUGUGUAGUCCUAAUUUUGUUUUUAUUUAUUAUCUACAAGUCAUAUUGGAGUCCCGUGUUUUAUAGACGGGAGUUAUCAGAAACAGGUUUCCAGCAUCUACCUAAAAAGGACCGCUCCCUCCACAUGAUCCGGGCCCAGAGCAACCGCAAGUUUGGCAGUAAGCUACCCCCUCCAUACCCUAAUGGUUGGUUCUCCCUGGUGGAGAGCCGGGACUUGGAUGUAGGAGCCGUAGUUCCUAUUGAUGCUUUGGGUCUUAAUCUCUGCGUAUAUAGAGGGGAGGACGGUAAAGCGCGGAUAGUGGACGCGUAUUGUCCCCACCUGGGAGCGAACCUUGGUAUCGGGGGCACCGUCUGCGGGAACUGCAUAGAGUGCCCCUUCCACCAGUGGAGGUUUGGGGACAACGGCGCUUGUGUCAGCAUACCUGGCAUGGAGUCGGUUCCGAAGGGAAUAUCCAUCAAGACCUACCACGCUAUGGAGGUAGACGGCUCAGUGUGGAUCUGGUACCACGUGGACGGAGAACCCCCCCUUUGGACCGUGGAAGAGUCUGAGGAACUCAAGAAUUGGGGGUACAGAGGCCGGAAUGAGUUUCUGGUCAAUGCUCAUAUACAGGAGAUUCCAGAGAACGGUGCAGAUGUUGCACACCUUAACGCAGUUCACACUGUUUCUAUGUUCUCUGACCUCGGCCAGAAAUAUCCGUUCCUGAAUCAUUUAAUAGGUCAUCACACCUGGGGUGCGGAGUGGAAGAAAGGCGAUGAGCACCACGUGGCUAACAUCCAAAUCUCGCAGCGGUAUCUCAUCCUGAACGUGGAUGUUUUCCCCCUCAAAGUUACAGUUAAUCAAAUCGGACCAGCUCAUGUGAGGCUAAGCUUCAUGUCCCCGUUGGGGCCCAUGAUGGUUCUGCAGUCCGUGACCCCGCUAGGGCCCCUACUGCAGAGGGUGGUUCACAGAGUGUACUCCCCUCGUUACAACGCGCCGCUUGGAGCUGCGCUGGUCUUACUGGAAGCAAAACAGUUCGAGAGGGACGUCGCAAUAUGGAACAACAAGCGCUACGUCAGCUCGCCCGCUUACGCCAAAAGUGAUAAAACAAUCCGCACCUUCAGGUCUUGGUUCAGCCAGUUUUACAGCGAGAACAGUAUAUCUGUAAGGGACGCGAUGCAAAACCCUUUAGACUGGUAG